AUGCCUGAAAACUUAGAAUUGCAUCAAUUUGUCGGUGGUCUGCGUCCAAGUAGCACCUCCCACCGCUGGCUGACGUCGUUGAAAGCGAAAUUAGCAUGUCCAUAUUUGGGAAUCAUCCUUGCUACGCUAUCGUCGCUGUUCUUCUCAUUAUGCUCGGUAAUUGUGAAAGGACUAGUCGAUGUUAAUCCUAUGGAAUUGGCAUCAUUUAGAUUCAUUGGAGUUCUCCUACCGGCGAUACCAAUUGUGAUAUAUACCAAACAACCAGUAUUUCCCGAGGGUAAACGUAUUAUUUUACUUUUACGCUGUUUUAUGGGUACCACAGGGCUAAUGUUAAGUUUUUAUGCUUUCCGUCAUAUGCCUCUGGCAGAUGCUUCCGUUAUUAUUUUCUCAACUCCAGUAUUUGUUGCGAUAUUUGCUCGUUUGUUUCUCAAAGAACAAUGCAGCUUCUUUAACAUAAUAACAAUUAUACUAACACUCAUUGGUGUUGUUCUAAUAACACGUCCGCCAUUUGUUUUUGGAGACGCAGCACCAAGUUUGGAAGAAGAACGUUUCUCUGGCAAGCGUUACGAUAUCUGGGGUCCAGUUGCAGCUAUAUCGUCGACUCUUUUUGGUGCAAAUGUUUAUAUUCUUCUUCGUGCCCUGAAGGGUUUGCACUUUUCAGUUAUUAUGACGAAUUUUGGAGCUUUUGCUCUGGUAUACACGUUGAUCGUGUGCUGGUCAAUUGGAGCAAUCUGCUGGCCAGCCUGUGGAUAUGAUCGGUUUCUUGUUAUUGUCUUAGCUUUAUUUAGUUUCUUGGGACAGAUUUUACUUACAUUGUCAUUGCAACUUGAACAAGCUGGUCCCGUAGCAAUUGCACGAUGUGCCGAUAUUGUUUUUGCAUUCAUCUGGCAGAUGAUUUUCUUUGGUGAGGCACCAACUGGAUACUCCUUGUUUGGAGCAACACUUGUUGUCAGCUCAGUGAUAUUGACAGGUUUAAAAAAAUGGGCAAUGUCAUUGCCAAGAGACUCAACGACGCGAAAGCGUCUUCGGCUAUUAAUAAUUGAUUAAACAAAUACACACACCCUGGAGGUUUUGACAUAACAAAAGAAUUUUUAAAAAUAUAAAUAAAAUAUAAAAAUAUGCAAAAUAAACUGAGGCUAAAUAAUGGUUGGAAAAGUAAUAUUAUACGUGAAUAAUACUCAAUGAAA